AUGUUAGAACUGAUAAUGAUAAGAUCUUUAGUUUCCAAUACUCCAACUUUUACUUCCAUUAUCAUCAAUCAUUUUGUAAAAGUCACUGCUAAAGGACUCUUCUUAAAUAGAAAAUUUAAAGAUGAAAUAGUGAUUCCAAAUCAAUUUAGUAAAAAUGCUCAACCGUAUCUUAAACAGGUUAUCAAUGAAUAUGUAAUAGAUGAUGAAUGGAAACAAUUUGAUGAUGAUGACAAAAGUAAUACUUUAACUCUAUUUACAUGGAGGCUCUAUUGCCUUGGUAGUACAAAUUCUCAUCGACAACUUACUACUAAUUUAACUAAAGAAACCGAUGCAUUAGUAUUUGCAAUAGAUUAUAGAUUAGCCUCUCAAAAUAAAUUUCCAGCUGGACUACAUGACACGAUAGCUGCCUAUCUCUAUUUUACCAAUCCUCUGGAAGAUGCCAGUUUUGAACCAAUUAGCAUUAGCCACCCUAUUAUUAUUUAG